AGGGUUUGCCUCUUUAAGCAGCCAGUAACAAAGGAGCUCCUCCAGAGUGGUCUGAACAGAACAAGAGAAGCACUCGCGCACUCACACACAAACACACACUGAGACGGAUCUGCAGCCAUGCCUCCCCAAAAGCUGUCACUACUGGACGUCUGGAGAAGGAACCGUACUACGCGAUGGAAGAAACCCAAAGAGCUUAAAAUAUGUACACGCCAGCUCCCGUUGCUGAGGGACCCGGAGGUGGCCGCCUCUCUCGCUCGGCAGAACGUGAAGCUGGUCGGCCUGCUGCCUCCCUCGGGCACCGACGUCUUCCGCCGCCUCACCCCGGAGUCCCUGGCAGAAAUCCAGAGGCAUGCGGCCAAGGGGAAGGGGGAGCAGAAUGAGAGGGAGCGCAAGAAGGAGGAGGAGGAGAAGGAGGAGGAGAGGCCCAAGCCCAGCUGCCACCUGGAGGCCGGCAAAGUCCUGCCCUUCGUCUAUGAGGACCCACCGCCAGAGAUGCUCAACGUUCCCCUGGAGGACCUGGACCCCUUCUACAAAACACAGAAAACCUUCAAUGUCAUCACCCGAGGGAACACAAUCUUCAGGUUUAAUGCAGAACCUGCCUGCUACAUUCUCAGUCCCUUCAGUAUUGUUAGGAGAGGAGCCAUCAAACUUCUUCUACAUUCAUUUUUUCGCAAGUUCAUCAUAAUAGCUAUUCUUUUGAACUCUGUGUUCAUGCCAGUCAUUCAUCAGGCAGAUUAUGUUUUCACUGCUAUAUAUGCCUUUGAGGCGUUGGUCAAAGUGCUGGCCAGGGGCUUCUGCAUUGGCCCUUUUACUUUCCUUCGAGACCCAUGGAACUGGCUGGACGUCCUGGUGCUCGUCUUCGCGGUCCUCAGUGAGUUUAUCAGCCUUGGCGCGCCUCUCUUUAUGGUUCGAAUGAUGAAAAUAAUCCCACUGUGUCCCGGUCCAAGGGCCACGGCGCUGAUCCAGUCGGUGAGGAAGCUGGCGUCCACAGUGAUCCUCACCGUGCUCGGCCUCUGCUUCCUCGCCAUCCUUGGCAUGCAGUUGUUCAUGGGCACACUCCGCCAGCGAUGUGUCCACCUGCCAGCUUCCUCCAUUGUGCUUGACUUCAAUGACACUGCGGCCUUUGACUCCCCUGGCAACAGCUCUUUCAACUACUCUGAAUACAUUAGGGAUUUAGAAAACCACUACUUUUUGCCUGGCCAGCUAGAUUCACUUCUUUGUGGAAACAGCUCUGAUGCUGGACGUUGCCCAGAGGGAUAUACAUGUCUGAGGACGCCGUUCAACCCAAAUUACGGCUACACAAGCUACGACACCUUUGGCUGGGCCUUCCUGUCCGUCUUCCGCCUCAUGACAAGGGACUUCUGGGAGAACCUGUUCCAGCUGACAGUACGCUCCUCAGGGGUGUCCUCUGUGAUCUUCUACGCGGUCGCUCUCUUCCUGGGCUCCCUCUGCCUCGUCGGCCUCAUCCUGGCCGCAGUGGUCGCUGCCUAUGCAGAGCAGAACGAAGCCGCCGUAGCGGAGGCCAAGCAGAAGGAGAGGGAGCACCGGAAGAUUCUACAGGAGCUGAAGAAACGGGAGGCAAAGUGUGUAGAGAGGCAGAAGAAAAAGGAGGAGGAGUCCAAUGGAUCAGGGCCCAGCGCGCUUGACCAGGACAAACCAGAGGACCUUCCAAGGCCAUGUCUUCAAGGGUGGUACAAGUUUGCCAGUGUGUUCCUGAAAUGGAACUGUUGUCCGCAGUGGGUCACCUUUAAAAAGUGGGUGCACUUCGUGGUGAUGGAUCCGUUUGUCGACUUGGGCAUCACCAUCGUCAUCAUCGUGAACACCAUAUUCAUGGCUAUGGAGCACUAUCCAAUGACAGCGGAGUUUGAGCAAAUGCUGUCCAUUGGAAACCUGGUUUUCGUUGGGAUCCUGACUGCUGUGGUGGUCCUCAGAAUCAUCGCCAUGGACCCAUACUACUACUUCCAGGAUGGCUGGAACAUUUUCGACAGCAUAGUGGUUUUGCUGAGCCUGUUAGAGCUGAUGCUGGCAGACUUUGAGGGCCUGAGUGUGCUGCGUAUCUUCAUGCUGGCCAGGUUCUGGCCCCUCUUCAACAUGCUGCUCAAGAUCAUCCGCAACGCGGUGGUCGCCGUGCGCCACCUGACUCUGCUCCUGGUCCUCGUCGUCUUUGUGUCCUCCAUGGUGGUCAUGCAGCUGUUCAGCGGGAGUUACAGGGACAGAGUCUGCCACAUCGCUCAGGACUGCGAGCUGCCACGCUGGCAUGCGGCCGACUUCUUCCACUCCUUCAUGCUGGUCUUCCGUAUCCUGUGCGGGGAGUGGAUCGAGACCCUGUGGGACUGCAUGGAGGUGGCCGGGCAGCCCCUGUGCAUCACCGUCUUCAUCACCAUUUUGUUCAUUGGCAACCUGCUGCUUCUGAAUCUCCUCAUAGCCUUGCUGCUGACCUCAUUUACUGGGGACAACAUGGCUGCGAUUGACAAGGGCGGCGAAAUUAACAACCUGCAGAUCGCCAUUGGCAGGAUCACCAGGGGCAUUGUCUGGGUCAAAGGUCAUAUUGUCAGGGUGAUCAGGGGGGUGCUGGGAGAGAAUUCCAACACGUAUGAAAUCCAUGAUGGCAAAAAACAGGGUGUGGUGGCUGACUCGUGCUGCAGCACUGCGGACUGCAAGCCCAGAGGGGAUGAGCAGGCUGGGGUAGAAGGAGACCCAAAGCAGCGGGACCCUCCAGACUGCUUCAUUGAAGCCUGCUCAAAGCGCUGCCCGUGCCUGAGGGUGGACAUCACUCAGGGCAGUGGGAAGAUGUGGUGGAACAUCAGGAGGUCCUGCUACGCCAUUGUGAAUCACAUGAGCUUCGAAGCUUUCAUCUUUGUCGUGGUUUUGCUCAGCAGCAUUGCUCUGGCCUUUGAGGACAUAAACCUUGAGCAUCGCAGGGUCAUGAAAAUCUUCCUGGAAUAUGCAGAUCAAGUCUUUGCUUAUGUGUUUAUUGUUGAGAUGCUCCUGAAAUGGAUGGGAUAUGGUUUGAAGACCUACUUCACCGAUCCUUGGUGCUGGCUGGAAUUCCUCAUUGUGAAUGGUUCUGUAAUCAGCUUGUCUGUUCACAUGCUGGGCUACACUGGGCUGGGGACACUGAGGGCGCUGAGACCCCUAAGACUUCUGUCCAUAUUUGAAGGGACAAAGGUGGUGCUUACCACGCUGUGGCGGGCUACCCCAUCCAUCUUCAGUGUACUACUGGUGGUACUCGCUUUCUGGCUUUUCUUCGACAUCUGCGGCGUUUUCAUGUUUGCCGGGAAGUACUACUACUGCUUCAACACCACUGCUGAGGAGCGUUUCCACAUUGAUGAGGUCAACAACAAAUCAGACUGCAUGGAGUUAAUAAUGAUGAACUACACUGAGGUGCGCUGGGUCAACGUAAAGGUCAACUUUGACAGCAUGGCUAAUGGCUACCUCGCCCUACUGCAAGUGGCAACGUUUAAAGGCUGGUUGGAUGUCAUGUACGCAGCUGUGGAUGCUCGAAUGGUGGAGGACCAGCCUUUAUAUGAGGAUAAUGUGUACAUGUAUCUGUACUUCGUCAUCUUCAUCAUCUUUGGAUCCUUCUUCUCCUUCAGUCUCUUCAUUGGUGUCCUUAUCGACAACUACAGUCAGCAAAAGGCAAAGUUUGGGAACAUAUUCAUGACAGAGGGACAGAGGAUUUGCAUGCAGAAAGAGAUAUCUAAGAAGCAGAAGUCCAUUCCCAGACCUUCAAACCGAGUCCAAGGCUUUGCUUUCAACUUGGUCACAAAGCCCGCCUUCGACAUCUUCAUCAUGGUGAUGACCUGCCUUUACGCGCUGUCCUUGAUGUUGGAGAGGGACGACCAAAGCAUUGAGGCGGAGGAGAUCCUCCACUUCAUUCACCUGGGCUUCAUUGCCUUCUUCACUCUCGAGUGUCUCCUCAAGAUUUUUGCACUCCGAAAGCAUUACUUCACCAUUGGAUGGAAUGUUUUUGAAUUUAUAGUGGUCUUAUUCUUCAUAGUGGGGCUCUUUCUGGCAGACUUCCUGGAGAGGUACUUUGUUUCACCUUCCUUUUUCCGUGUUCUGCCUCUUGUCCGCUACGCGAGAGGAGGCAUCCGAAAUCUGCUGUCUUCUCUGAGGAUGUCACUUCCUGCCCUCUUCAACCUCGGCCUGCUCCUCUUCAUCAUCAUGUUUGUUUACUCCGUCUUCGGCAUGUGGAACUUUGCGUAUGUCGGAAAAAUGGCCGGCAUUGAUGACAUGUUUAACUUUGAGACGUUCGGCAGCAGCAUGCUCUGCAUGUUUCAGAUCACCACUUUGGCUGGCUGGGAUGGGAUUCUCCUUCCUCUCCUGAAUACCCCCCCGGACUGCGACCCAGAUGCAUUCAAUCCUGGCAGUGAUGUCAUGGGGAACUGCGCCAACCCUCCUCUAGGCAUCACAUUCACCUGCAGCUACAUCAUUAUUUCCAUGCUUAUUGUGGUCAACAUGUUCAUUGCCAUCAUCUUGGAGAGCUUCAGUGUGGCCGCCACAGUGAGCACGGAACACCUGUGUGAGGAGGACAUGGAGAUGUUCUAUGAGACCUGGGAGAGGUUUGACCCUGAAGCCUCCCAGUAUGUAGACUACAGCCAACUCUCAGACCUCUGCGAUAGUCUGCAAGCUCCUCUGAGGAUUCCCAAACCUAACACAGCCAAAUUGAUUGCCAUGGACCUUCCAAUUGCUCCUGGGGACAAGGUCCACUGCCUGGACAUCCUGGUUGCCCUGGCCUCAGAGGUCUUUGGUGACUCAGGGGAGAUGGAUGCCUUGAAGGAGAGCAUGGAGGAGAGCUUCAGGGUGAAAUAUCCAUCCAAGGUCUCGCAUGAGCCCGUCACCACCACACUAAAGCACAAGCAGGAGGAAGUGGCAGCCGGGGUCAUCCAGAAUGCCUAUCGCAAGCACCUGCUGAAGCAGUCUGGCAAACAAAACAAGACAGAGGGGGCAUUGGAGAAAGGCGGCCAGGCUGCUGAGGAAUACCCAGCCAGUAACGGGGUCCAACCUUUAGGGGUCUCCAUUGCUGACCAGCCUCUACCAGAUACAAUGGAAAUGCAACCCUUGAUGUCGCCUGUAGAGGAUGAACUCCAUGCUGCCCCAGUAGAGGUGGUCUUGCAUUCUGCCCCUUCCUCUGCUUCAGAUCCCUCUACGCCUGGAGACCUUCCCAAAUGAUUGAAGCCCACGGUAACGGUCACUGAAACGGCUUUUUGGGGACAUCGGAUGACAUUGCACAGUCGAAAAGAUGAAGUAGGGUGACCGUGAGACUGGAGGUAGUGCAAACCUCACCCAUUUGCUGAGAUCUCAUUUUAAACAGCACCACACUGUCUGAAAAAAACCUGUGUUAAAGUCACAGGCUCACUCAGUGUAGCAAAAUAAAAAGUAUAUGAAUGAUUUAUAACCUACCACUGUUCGCUGAUAGAAGAAAUGUUUGGUUUUUGAGUGUGUUCACAAAUUGUCAGUUACCUGCACAUAUAUUUCACACACAAGUUUUUAUCGCAUUGCAUGUGUGGUAAGAUCAAUAUAAAAUGAUUUUUUCUAUAAAUGUAACAAUAAACAUCUCAAAAUAUUUUACAUCAUAAAAAUAAGCCUUUAUGCAUGUUUUAAUAUGUCAGUGCCUCUAAAUACAUACAGUGUAUUUCAUUGAGUUUUAUCAUGUCACAAUAUUAAAUACAGAAAUUGA